ACGAGUUGUCCUUUAGACAUCAUCCACCAGCUCAUUAUGUAGUGGAGAUAAAUUCAGUCACCCAAUUAUUAGAAUUACGGGAGCAUAAUUUUGGUCCUUUUGAAGUUGGGGGCCACAAAUGGAGGCUACAUCUUCAACCUCGGGGACACACGACCCCUGAAGGGAAGGUAUAUAUGUCCUUGCAUUUGGUAAUAAAUGAGCCAUAUAACUUUGGACCCAGCGGGAGGGUCCUAGUCGACUACAAGUUUUUCAUCUCCGACAACAUUAAUGGGACAUACGUCAUCUUCAAAGAGAAAGGGAAGGAAUUGAGGGCAUUCAGUAGCGUGCAGACCCGAUGGGGGCUUUCGAAGUUCCUUUCCUUGGACAGUUUCAACAAUCCUCAAAAGGGAUUCCGUGACCGUGAUUUUUGUAAAAUUGGGGCUGAGCUUUUGGUUAGCAAAUCUAAAAGGAGAAAGGAGACACUCACCAUCAUAAACCCAUCUCCCAGCGAAAUCACUCCGAAGAUCCGACGGUUCUCCGCAUUGAACUCCAGCCCUCAGUAUUCCGAAGCCUUUCAGUUAGGAGGGAGGCAAUGGAAGUUAAAGGUGCGUCCCCAACGCAAUGAGAGGGGGAUGUGGCUGUCCGUUCACUUAGAAGCGCAAAGCAUUUCUCCGGGGAAACUCCUUUUUAUAAAAGCCAUCUUGCGUGUGUUGAACACCGACCCUAGAAGAAAUAAGGAACACACAGUUAGUGGUCGGCUAUAUGCCGGUAAUUACACCUGCGGUAAACCAUCGUUUAUGCCGUGGGGCAAUCUCCUGCAACCGAAUGGAGGGUUCAUUCACAGGAAUGAACUGGCGUUUGCAGUCAAAAUCCUCACCAUAUCUGAUGCCAAGAGGACUGACGAACCGGUUGGAUGACUUACGUCAAUAUCUACUGGGUCAGAAUUAACUCCCCGAGAAUGAUGUGUGCGAACCAAAUUGGCGUUGACAUUGGUUCCCCAAAACCACGUGAAUGUUGUCUUCCUGAUUUAAUUUCUUAUCUGAUCAAUAGAUGGACUGUUUAAUGUACCCAAAUUUCAGAUUUGUAUGUGGAAGAUGCCUAGUAUGUCCGCAAUCUUGUGGAAUAGUAAUGUCUUUGGAGCUUGCUCAGUAUAUUCUGUGUUUCCCGGACUAUGUGUAAUCGUAAUUAUGCUUGUAAUAAAAUCCUUG